AUGUCGCAUUUUAGUACCAAGAGGAGGCCAAUCCGAAUCGGUGGGGCCAGUGGAGGCUUCACGGAUAGAGUCGCCGCCAUACGGAGGCUCGCAAGCGACCCAGAAGUCGAUGCAGUCGUAGGAGAUUGGCUUUCCGAAAAUGUUAUGACCGGCUACGGUGCGGGAAAAGAGCGAAGCAAGCACAUUCGAACGGACUCAAAGGAUCUGCCACUGAAUGAGAGAAAGAAGACGGCCCAGUACGCGAGUACCUUUCUGCAAUGCUUCGAGCCUGCCAUUCCCGAUUUGAUAAAGAAUAAGACGAAGUUGGUCGUCAAUGCCGGUGCUAGCGAUACUGAACUGCUUGCUGAAGUAGUUCUAGAUAUGGUUCACAAGCAUGGCUUCGAAACAAAGGUUGCAUGGGUGGAAGGUGACGAUGUGACAGAACCAUUCAAGGCCAUGCUUUCAAACGGUACAGUCUUUAAAAGUGUCACUGAUGGGAAGACUUAUCAGGAGUGGGGAUUUGAAGCUAUUUGUGCUCAGGCAUACCUUGGUAGCUGGGGCAUCGUGGAGGCCCUGCGUCAAGGUGCCGAUAUCGUGAUCUGCGGUCGUGUGUCUGACGCUGGUCCAACUAUCGGGCUGUCGGCUUGGUGGCAUAACUGGAACACCACAGACUUUGAUCAGUUGGCGGGUGCUCUGAUUGCAGGCCACUUGAUCGAAUGCUCAGCAUUCGUGACCGGAGGCUACUACUCUCGAUUCAAGGAUCUGAUGAAAGCCAAAAGGCACCUCAAUCUAGGAUUUCCGAUCGCCGAGGUACAUGACAACGGCGAAUGUAUCAUCGUCAAAGAAAAGAAUACAAACGGAGUCGUCAAUAUCGAAACAGUAACGUCACAGCUGGUUUACGAGAUAUCUGGACCACUGUACUUCAAUUCUGACGUCGUCGCUGAUCUCCACAACAUCGACUUGGAAGAAAUUAGCACGGGUGUGCAUGUACGUGGUGUACGAGGACUUCCUCCGCCUCCGACUACGCGAUGCGGUAUCACUGCACAUGGUGGUUUUCAAGCAGAAUGGCACUUUUAUCUGGUUGGUCUUGAUAUUGAGGAAAAGUGCCAGUGGAUGGAAGAGCAAGCGCGGUACGCCAUUGGAGACGAUCUCAUCAGCAAGUUUGAUCUUUUGAAGUUCCACGUUCACGGCACUUCUCCUGUAAAUCCUCGCAACCAGGAGCUGGCAACUGUGGAUUUCAGAAUCUUCGCUCAAGCGCAGGACAUGCAUUUAUUCGAUGGAAGCGAUCCCAAUGGGUUCAGCCGCAAACUUUACGAGACAGUGCUACAAUCUUGUCCGGGUGUCUCACGGAGCAACGAUCUCCGACAGUCGACAGCAAAGCCGUAUUGGGAGUACUUCGUAACCUUGAUAUCUCAGGCGGCGUGCAACCACCGAGUUCAUUUUCUCUUUGGGGACAAUUGCAUCACAGAUAUCCCGCCGCCAAAAACUACUCGCGAUUACGGUCCUCAAGAGUCCUAUGAAACUCGCGACCCGGUAGAUUUGAGUAGUUAUGGGGAAACAGAAGACGCUCCACUUGGCCACAUAGUUCUCGGACGUUCGGGAGACAAAGCUUCGGAUGCGAACGUAGGAUUCUUUGUCUCCGACUCUGAGCAGUGGGACUGGCUUAGAACAUUUCUGACCGUUGAUAAAAUCAAAGAGCUUUUGGGCCCUGAUGAGUAUAGCGGAGGCAGAAUCGACAGAUUUGAAAUGAAGAAUUUGAGAGUAGUUCAUUUCUUACUGAAAGAUCAUUUAGAUCGAGGCUACAACUCUGGAUCGAAGUUGGACACGCUAGCUAAGAAUUUGUGCGAGUAUCUGCGGGCAAAGGUAGUGCCGAUACCAAAGAAAUUUCUGCUGAAUGGUAGAAUAUGA